GUUUUCAUAUCAAUCUUUUAUAUUUAACAGUGCAAAAAGAGACCCAAAAAUAAAAAGUUACUGAACACAACACUACACCAAACCAACUUCUCUAUAUAUUUAUCUAUCUGUACUUAUGUAAUAUAUUUUUCCUCGUUUCUUUCCCCCAUUUUUUUUCUAGAAAGAGAAGAAACAACAACAAGAGAGAGAUUGAUGGAUAGAUAUUCCUGAACCUGAACCUGUUACAACACACAGGAAUGUCAGAGGUUAAGGACCCUGCGAUAAAGCUUUUUGGAAGGACAAUUUCGCUGACACACACACACAUCAAUGAUUCUUCUUCUUCUUCUGCACCUGCUCGUGCCCCUUCAUCUUCCUCUUCUCCUCGUGAAGUUACCUCUUCUGCAACACAACAACAACAUGAACCUGAGGAACCAUCAAGGAAAGAACUUACCUCAUCACAAGAUGAUGAUGGCUCACAUCAAACCACAGAGGAUUUAAAAUCCCCCACGACAUCUUCAGGCAUAUUUGAGAAUCCUAAGACUCCCUCACCAGAAACUGAGACAUCAGUCCCGAAAUCCUCCACAAAUGGAGAACAAAGCGAGACAAGUGCUUCUGAUGAAAAAACACCAAAGAAACCCGACAAGGUGCUUCCAUGCCCACGAUGCAACAGCAUGGACACCAAGUUCUGUUACUACAACAACUACAAUGUCAACCAGCCUCGUCAUUUCUGCAAGAACUGCCAAAGAUACUGGACUGCUGGAGGUACAAUGAGGAAUGUGCCGGUAGGAGCCGGUCGUCGAAAGAACAAAAAUUUCCCGGCGACCGCAUCACAUUACCGGCACUUAAUGUUCCCAGAGGGGCUUCAAGGAGCCACACUCAAUGCCCCCAAUGGAUUGCAUAAUGCUGUGUUGGGAAAUGGAGCAGCUGUUUUGACCUUUGGUCCUGAUUCUCCCCUUUGUGAUACAAUGGCAUCAAUGUUGAACAUUGCAGAGCGAGCACAAAGUUGUGUUCCAAAUGGGUUUCAAGCAACUGAGCCGAAUAGUUUUGUUUCCUAUAGAAAGGAGGAGGAUGGAAGUACUAGUGGUCACUCUACUGGAGUUUCUGUUGCAACAACUUCAACUUCAAGCCAUAGUGGCUCACAUGAAUCAGUUGAUAAAAGGGUUGAAGGUUUCACUCCUCAAUUGCCAUAUUUCCCAAGUGGCCCUUGGCCUUAUCCUAUGCCUCCUCCUACAUUUUGCCCACCAGGGUACCCUUUAUCAUUCUAUACUACACCAGCAUAUUGGGGUUGUAUGCCACCCUCUUGGAAUAACAAUAUAUCAUCUAUCUCACCUCAAUCUUCUGUUAACAACUCUGUCUCUGUCCUUACUUUAGGGAAACACUCAAGGGAUGGAAACAUCAUUGCCCCAUCCAAUUCACAAAGAGAAAUGCAUGAUAUGGAGCACAAGAGCUCAGAACACAAUGUCUUGAUCCCCAAGACUCUUAGAAUUGAUGACCCUAGUGAAGCUGCAAAGAGUUCCAUUUCCAUGUGGUCAAAACUAGGGAUCAAGGAUGAUAAGGCCGGUUCCGGAGGCCUUUUCAAGGCUUUUCCAUCAUCCAAGGGAAACGACAUGAAUCAUCACAUGGUUGAAGCAUCACCGCUGUUGCAAGCCAACCCUGCGGCUCUAUCGCGGUCUCUUACCUUCCGUGAACAGACCUAAAUGGGAAUCACAGUGAGCCAAAUCAGAUUCUCAUUGUUGCUUGUGCAUUGUAAUGCAAAUUAAUGAGAUUGUACAAGUGCAACAUCAUUUUGCUGACAAAUUAAGAAAUUGUUUUAUUGAACAACCUCUAUGCAGGAUUCCUAGGACAGAAGUGUUUCACUAUGGCUUCUCUAGCUAGGUACCAUCUUGAGCCUGUUAAAUUGAACAGGUGUUUUUGUUGCAGUAUUAGAUGAUAUCUGCUGAGUAAAUAUCUUGGUGUACAGGUGUGUGUAUAUAUAUAUAUAUAUAUAUAUGUACACAUUUGUAUGUGUGAGACGAGAAAAAUUAGGAGAGAAAGGAGAAAGGAAAGGAGAUUCUUAGACUAAAAUCCAAUGGUUUAGAAUAAGCUUGGAAGUCUUUAUUGGAAUUCUGUUGUUAUUUUUUGUUUUAAGAUUUUUUUACUUUAAUCA